GUAAACAGACAAUGUGCGAGACAUUUUUAGCGACUGACGUAUAAAAUCACGUUUAAACUAUCCCAGGAUAACGAUGUAUAAGAGACAGAUGAAUGACUUGAGAGAAGAAGGACAAAGGAUAUCACAGUUUGGUGGAACGAUCGAGAAACGAAAGUCGAACCGGAUCGUAGAGGCACUGUGACAGACAGAACGAAGAAAGAAUGCCAGGCCCCGGUGGUCAACCACCGCAGAGGACCACCUUCCGACCACCCUGGGUCAAGGAUGGUCCGAACCCUCUGCCGAUGCCAACCGCACCAUGGACCCUGAAUUCCCGGAGGGACUCCAAAACGAAAGCCGACGAACCACCGCCGUUCACCCAAGUGACCCUCAAAAGUGUACCGAAAUCGGAAACGAAGCCCGCGGCGGAACCCCAACCCCGUAAACAGAGCAAGAUCACAAUAAUUCCGGCGCAGCCGAAAAGCGAGAAGAAAACGAGCAGUCAACCGGCGUCGACGAAGCCCCGCGAGAAUGGACGACAAGAGCCAAAUUCGAGGCCACAGCUCGAACGACAGGUUCGAAUCGAGAGGUCUCGAUCUCGAGGUGACACUGUACCUCUCUCCAAGAGUGAGAGCACCACAGGCGCACCGACGCUAUCGAAGAGCUCGUCGAGGGCAGCGAUCCCGCCACCGCCGCCGCCUAGACCACCGCCACCUCCACCAGCGAGAACGAUCCUGAAGGACCUUCCGCCGCUGAACGAGUCGCAACAAGAGAAACUGGAGAUGCUGAAGUCGAGGCCACGGAAACGUCCCGACUGGGCGAGCAUGAUGAAGGAGGUGGAGAGCGGAAGGAGGCUGAAGCACGUCAAGUGCAACGACAGAAGCGCGCCCCUGAUCGAGAGGGUGAACAAGGUCACAGCUGAUCCAGCAGGGAAGGCACACUUUGUGUUCGAAUCUGAAAAGUCGAACAUGCAUAACCAAUUGCUGAAGCAAAUUCAGCAGGGUGUACAGCUGAAGAGGGUGCAGACGAAUGAUCGAUCGAGACCGAUGCUAGCGGGUCUGAGACAGUUCAGGAGGCAGCUGACGAUAGAAGAACAAAUGCAGAAAGCUGACGAGCCCACGGAUGAUUCCGUCUCGGACGAGAUGGAUGAUAUCGAUGCGGUCAGAGACGAUUUGCAGAGCACCAAACAGAUGCUUGCUAUAGAGCUCAGAAACAAGGAGGCUUUGGAAAGGGAGAACAAGAGAUUACAAGCAAGGAUUCUGAAUCUUGAAGCUGAGGUCGGCAGAGAAAAGUCGAUAAAAAACGUACAAGAACACAGAAGACACGACGAGAAACUCACGGAAUCUUUGAAAAAGGAAGCUCAGCAAGCUAGACACGAUGCUGAGAGGUUUGAGAAAGAAUAUAUUACUGUUGCAGAAGAAAGGGACAAAUUGAAGAAUGAGAUGGAGGAGAUGAGGAGAAUGUAUGCUACUUUGGAAAGGCGCAUGAAAGCUGAGCAAGAGUAUGAUGAUGAGCCGAUAAUAGAACUAGCAGACGAUAUCGACGAGGCGGUGUGGUACACUGUUUCAGGAAUGGCACUGGCUGGAUGUCCAAGUGCAAAAGAUGUAGCAAAAGUUGCUUCUCAGAAGAGUAUAGAUAAGAAAGAGCCAAGUGAGAGCGAAGAAGAGGAAGAAGAAAGCACAGAAGAAGAAGAAGAAGAGGAUGAAGAUCCAAAGGCUGUAGCAGAGAAACGACUGCAAAGAGAGGUCAAACUUUUAUCAACAAAAAUCAGGAAUUCCCAGGACAAAGCUAGCAAUGCUAAAAAAGAACGGCAUGCAUUGAAAGAUCAGAUCAAGCAGCAACAAAAGUUAUUAAAAGAGGAGAAAAAGAAAUUUAAACACCUUCAAAAGGAAGUUGACAAAAUGGCAAAGUUAAUGUCAGAAACUGAUGAGGAGAAAGAUGAAGAAGAAGAAGAGGAGGAGGAAGAAACAGAGUCUGAAGAAGAGUCUGAGUCUGAGGAAUCUGAGGAAGAUGAAUCUGAGUCGGAAGACGAAGAUGACUCAUUGGAAGGCCAAAGAGAUUCUUUACAGAAACAAGCUAAAAAGCACGAAGGGCGUUUAGCUGCCUUAAAGAAGGGUAACUAUUUACUGAAAGCACAAGUUGACAGACUGAAAGAUGACUUAGCGAAGCAACGAGAAGAAAGUCUCUCCCUACAAGAAGAUCUAGACUCUGUCUUAGCAGAAUUAGGUUAAGUUAAUAUAAGGAACAGUGAAAACUUACUAUGGACAAUUGUAUACAUACACAUAUAAGUAUUACAUAUGAAAAUAUAGAAAAUUUUCUGCCUGAAAAACAGACACGUAAUAGACUAAUACACGCACACUCACCUAAAUACUUUUCGCAGGAAAUAUUAUACUCCGAUCAAAUAUGUUGUUUAAUUUAUCCGCAAGGGUACGAAACUACUUCUUUCUGAUAUCGAUUGGCGAACACGAUAAUUUGUUUUCUCUAGUAACUAUGGAAAAUAUUCUAAACGCGUAGUGAGCCGAAAGAGAAACCAUUGAAAUGUGUUUAUCGACCAAAACAAAAGACGCAUUUAAAUUUUCUAUAUACGUAUCAACUUAACGUUACUCAUGGUACUACGCAAACAAAACAAGUAUUUAUAUAAAAUUAUAGAUACCACUAAUUCUCCUUUUUUGCUAUCACGUUGUAAAAUAUUU